CAUUGGAGGUUCGAAUUCGAGCGUUCAUCUUGCCCUUGUCCCAGAAGGAAAACAGCUACGCGAGAUUUGUUCAUCAGAGCAGACAUUUGAUUUUUUUUUUUUUUGUGAAUUUUAGCCUCCUAAAUCUGAAAUGGGCUCCGAUAAAGAUCCGUACAUAGAUGAAGGCGGGGAGGCGCUCAUGGAUUCAUAUGGCACUCAUUCGGAUAGGCAGACCUCGCAUUACACCGGAAAUCAAUUUGACAUUGAAAGCGGCGACGAAUGGCGUAUUGAACCUUCGCCCACACCGGCGCCUGUUGAGAACAAGCUCAGAAAUCCGAGGAAGAGGUUGGUGAAGAAGAGCGCUGCCGAGAGCUUAUCCGAACGUAGCGGGAACCCAGCCGGACAGGCGUUUGGUGGUGAUGAAUUGGAUGAUUGGAAAGAGGAGGAACCGCUGAAGAAAAGAAGGUCGUCGUCGGGAAAGAAAGGGAAGGAGUUGUGCGUAAAGAAGAAGAGAAAAGUGUUGCCAAAGGAAAGUCAAUUUGGUGCAAAAGCAUCUUCUUCCGGAUCAAAGGGUUAUGGAGUUGGUUCAGCUGAUCAUGAAAGUGAUCCUGAGCUGCACGAAUUCUGGAACAAUGUCGCCGGUCAUGAUUUAGAGGCCGAAGAGGAUAAUGAGACGAAUGAGUUCCUUAAGAUUGGUGAAAAGAUGGUGCAAAUUGAAACAUCACCCGUUGAGCUUGCAAUGAUUGUUGAAAAUCUCAUGGCUGAAUUUGAAGUUACAGUUGAAGAAGAUGUUGAGCUGAAUAGGCAAAAUAAGCCAGCUAUUAAUAAACUCAAGAUGCUACCACUUCUUCAAGAAGCCCUUUCUAAGAAGAAACUUCAGCUCGAAUUUUUAGAUCAUGGAAUACUUACACUUCUAAGGAAUUGGUUGGAACCUUUGCCAGAUGGGAGCUUACCUAAUAUGAAUAUUCGAACUGCAAUAUUACAGUUACUCUCUGAUUUUCCAGUUGAUUUAGAGCAGUAUGAUCAGAGGGAACAACUUAAGAAGAGUGGCCUUGGAAAGGUUAUUAUGUUUCUAUCAAAAUAUGAUGAGGAGUGUAAUGCUAAUAGGAAGCUCGCUAAAGAAUUAGUUGAAAGAUGGAGUAGAUCAAUAUUUAACAAGAGCACUAGAUAUGAGGACCGGCGGAGUUAUGAGGACGAGAGAAAUCCUCAUAGGAGGACAGCUCCAAAAAGACAUGCGAACAAAUCUCCAGAAAAGAAAUCAAUAGACGAUGAUAUUGAUGAAUUUUCUCAGAGGAAAAAAAUAUGUCAGACUUCUCUUAGAGAACGUGCUUCUCUGCCAGAACCAUUACCAUUGGAUUUCGUUGUGCGUCCGCCAUCAAAUGUAAAUUGGGAAGAAGUACGCGCACGAGCUAUUAACGCAGCUAUGAGAGCCAAGAAAGAUAAGAUGCAUCGAAAGGGUCGACGACCUUUUGCACCACCAGUUGCUCAAAAGAAGCGUCCUUUGUUUAAAGUGCAAUCUUCGGCGUACUAAAGAACCGAGUUCAAAGAUCCUGGAUGCGGUUUGGAGUUGUUACUAAUUGGGGAGCUUUAUUUUGACAUUUGUUGAGCUCUUGCCUUCGUUGGGGAGAUUUUUUCGUUGGUUACAGUUGGAAGGGUGAACUCUUUCAUCUUUGAUGAUUGGUUUGCAUUGCUGCUGUUUCCAAGUGCUCAUUGUUCUAUAUCAAGUUGUGUUUUGGCCCAAUUAAUGUUGUUGAUUGGUGAAGUUGAUUGUUUUGGUUGUCGUCCUUUCUAUUUCUAUUCUCA